AUGAAUGCUGCUGGAAGGACGCAACACCAGGGCACACUGCCCGGUCAGCCUGAUUUCAAGUUCGUCCCGGGAAAUGGAUCAUCCUCACGCUACUGCAAAAGGAUGACAGACGAUGAGAUUGAGAGAGCCAAGAAAAUAGUGCUACGACUUCACCGAGCAGGCGAAAAUAGAGUUGCCAUGAUGGAACAAGUUUCCCGGGAAGUGCUACACGGGCGAACAAUCUCCACAGCCAUGGUGGAUAAGCUUCGUGACGACUUGGGACUCAUUCAACACCAAAGUGGACGCGCCGCUAGAGGACAAGAAUUCAUGUCUCGCACGAAACAGUAUUCUGCGCUGUACUUGACACAAGGCGAUGACUGGGCAGAUAACGUGCUUUGUUCCAGUACGCAGGUGCUCGAAGGUGGUAUUGCGAUAGCGCUGCAAACCUCCCAUGCGGAAACUCCUUCAUGCGAGCCUCUCCAGGACACCCGAGGCAAGCGAAGCCUCGAAAACAGAAUGCAGACACCAGAGCGUGAUGCAAUUGUUGAGUCUGCGCAGGGAGCAAUCAACCGCAAUCUGAUCUCCCUUCCAACCGAGCUAAUUUCGACCACCAAUGUUGAGGCAUUGAUUGCACCUGAUGUUCGAAGCGUGUCUCAUUCAUCGUCAACCAUCAAUACCUCCGAGAACGACUCUGUUUUCUCCAUUAUGGAGACACCUCAGGCAGACCUCGUGGCGUCGUCGACCAUUGAAUGUAGGACAGACUCAUCUCCAUUAGGUGACGAUAGUCCCAUGCUUGACUAUCAAGGUCAAUCACAGUCAAGCGUAAAUUUAAUGGACGGCGACAUGACAAGCAUCCUCCCUUACCAGAAGUCCACUGAUGUGCACGGAUCUGCCGAAAGACGGGUUUCAACCACGCACAAGAUGGUGCAUCCAUUGGACAAGACUGGGCUUUGGACACAUUACUAUCACGUUCUGAAGAAGCUCAAGCAUUAUUCCAAAGACAUCAUUGUAGAUGGACGGACCUUGCAGAGGUCUGAAGGCCUGUGGCAUUGGUUCAAUGCUUGUGAUAUUACCACAUUGAAUCAUGUCGCCUAUAUACUCGAUGCUCUGCGAGACUUCCGGCAGGCGUUUGACGUAUAUUUCAUCAUUUACUGCCGGCUCCUCAAAACAAGAAAGGAUGAGCAGGCACCCAACCCUCAUUUCGUGCUCUCAGCGAUUGGGUGUGCCCGCUCGGCGCGGACACCACUUCAACUCGAUCUUGCUCGUACGCUCGUGGAACGAGUCCGCGAGGAUCUGUCGCUGUAUCAUGACCCAUGGCUGCUAGAGCAUACCAGGACCUGGAAUUUUUUGGAAAGAUAUCACAAAAAUUCGUUCGACACCAAAAAUGAGUCUUGGGAGGACGUUGAAGAGGCCGCAUACUGGGUUGCCACGGCGACGAUCAUGAGCCAACCUCGAUUGGCCGUAUAUAUUGAGCUGGCACACGACAUGCCGGACUAUUUCUUGCCCUUUUUCUCGCAGAAUAGCUUCGUCGGCCACAUCCGUGGCUGCGAUGUAGCAAAGGCUUCAAUGCUAGCAGGAAUCUCAAAAGUGUCAGGUUUCAUUCGAGCUCGCAAAAACGAUCUCAACCCGCUCCUGAAAGGAUGGCUAAGAACAGACGAAGACGCUGUUGCUGAGCAUGGACAGGUCGUGUCAAACAUGGUUCUCACCGAAUACCUGCCGUCCCUUCGAUCUGCAAGAGAAUCAACACGGCCGGCGACUACACCGAACCAUGCAGGUUUCCCAUGCUGUUGGAAUGAUUUCCCAAUGCUUACAAUCCCAUUUCUGCUAUUUAGGUGGACACACCGGCCGGAUUUCAAGACCAAACAUGCCUCAUUUCUACAGCGAGCGCGCAAAAUAAAAGCUAGCGAGUUUCUGAUCCUGGCCGCGGAUGAGAUUCAUGGGCAUUUACUGUCGGGGCAAGGCAAGAACGCGGUCUUCGAUGUAUAUCUGAGUUUGAUGACAGCUCCGAAACAUCUGAAUCAUGCGCCACUCCAGUCGUUUCUGCCACCCGCGCUGUUCCUGACGGUCGCAAAGACGCUGAACUUGAACUACGAUACAAGCAAUUUAUCGUUGAGAGACACGAUCUCAGAUUAUACGGUCGGAUGUGAACCACCUGACCAGCCGCAAUCAGUUUGGCCAACCGGGCCGUUCCUGACGGUUGCGAAGACCUUGGAUUUGAACUACGAUAAAAUAAAUGCAAGAAAAAACUCGGGAGCAGAUUCUACGUUGAGACGUGAACAACCCCAAGAAGACACGGUGCGGGGUGCUUCUUUCAUGUCCCAAGACUUUGCCGAUGCAGCUUCAUUGAGUGCCACUGUUUCGAUAUCCGACGAAUCUUCCAUAAGCUCAGGCUAUCGCUCAUUUCGCGCAUACUCCAAGAAGCUCAGGAACAGUAUGUCCUUGACUGUACGUACUCGACUGUCCGACUCAUCCGGGGCUCGGACAACUCGAAGCAGUUGGAGCUUCAGCAGGAACACAGGGUUUCCCCGAGAUUCGUCUAUCCGAGAAAGUCAAAUAUCCCUGUCUUCCGACGUUCCCAUGAGUGGUUAG